AUGGUGUGGUCGCCACGUUUGAUUCGUGUUUCAGUUGAAACUGCUCGGAGCUUCGCGGGGAUCCUGAAGGCGGAGCGGCAGCCGUUCGCGGACUGGGGGAACGUGGUGGACGGAGUGCCCCGACAGCGGCAGAGCCUGGCCGACUGCUCCCCGGACGACCCGAUAUUCCCGUGUCCCCGCUGCGAGCGAUGCUACAAGCACCUCAGGUCCAUGAAGAAGCACCUCAAGCUCGAGUGCGGCGUCGAGCCCCAGUUCCCGUGCCCGCUCUGCGACUACAAGGCCAAGCAGAAGAUCUCCCUCCAGAAACACCUCACCAAGCAUCACUAG